CCUUCUUCACAAGAAGUCCAAAACAACAAACCAAAAAAAAACUAAAACACUUUAAAACUCCUUUUUGUGUGUGAUCCUUAAAAACCCAAGCUUUGAAUAUACAACAAUGAAGUGCUUCACCACAAUUGCUUUCUUGGUCUGCCUUGCCGUCGUUUCGGCUGAACCUCCAGUACCUCAGAACAACUACUUGCCACCCAAUCAGCAGCAACAACCCUCCAAUAACUAUUUGCCACCCCAAAACUCAUACCAGGCACCCAACAGCAAUUAUUUGCCUCCUCAACGUGGUGGUGCUGGUGCUGGUAGUGUGGCUGCCCCCUCCAAUAGCUAUGGUGCUCCCGCCUUGACCUCGGCCAUUUUCCCCAAACAAAAUGCUGGUCCAUCGACUGCCUAUGGUGCUCCUGCUGCUGCUGGUGCUGGAGGUUAUGGUCAAAAUGCUGCCGGCGGCUAUGGCGGUGCUGAGGAAAACUACGGACCAGCCAAAUACGAAUUCAAAUACGAUGUCCAAGACUACGAAUCCGGCAAUGAUUUCGGUCACAUGGAGGCCCGUGAUGGUGAUUUCACCACCGGCCGUUACUAUGUCUUGUUGCCCGAUGGUCGUAAACAAAUCGUGGAAUACGAAGCCGAUCAGAAUGGUUACCGUCCCUCGAUCCGUUAUGAACAGGUCAAUGGUGGCCAACAGGCUGGCGGACGUGGUGGUCAAUACAACAACGGUGGUUACGAUAGCAAUGCACAACAACAACAAGGCAAAUUUGGUGGUUAUCAAUAAGGCUCAAAACUUAAGAAAAAAAAACAGAACUAGGCUUAAAACACUCAGUUAACGAAGAAGAAAAAAUGAUUUUAGUCCUUAAAUAAUUUAGUUUAAAAAACAAGGAAAAAAUUGCAAGCAUUCGAAAAAAAUGGAGAGCUUAGUUAAGGCUUUAAACAAGAGCUUUCAUUCUACCUCCCACACUGUAUAAAAAUCUUACUCUCCGUCUCUCUCUCCCAUUCUCUCUCUCAUCAGCCACAUCUUAAAACCGAAUUUGUUUUAUUUACAUCUCUCUCACGCGCACACACACAUUUCACAAAAGCCUUAGCCCUUAAGCCUGCCUUGAAAUGAGACCAACCAACUUGCCAUAAAGCUUUCAAACCUCUCUGAUGGCAUUUGAAAGCUUUUUUUGUUGUGUAUAUUUUUUAAAUAUUUUAUAAAAGAAUUAUAAUAUUUUGUUUAUUGUUUUUUGUAAUAGUAUUUUGUAUUUUUUGCGCUACUCGUAUUAUCACCGUUCGUUUCGUUAAGUGCUUUCAUUGUUCUCUUUGUAUAUUUCAAUACAUUUUUUUAUUGCUUACACACAAGCAAUGACACACACACACACAAAGACACUCACUCUCACGCAUACACACAUUCCCCAUGAAUAUAUACCUAAUUACAUCAUGUAAACUUAAUUUUAUAAUACUCAUUAUUUUAUAAAACAACAAGAAAAAAUAUCGAAAUAUAUAUAUUUUUUUAUAAAUCAUAGCAACUCAUUACAAAAAAUCAUGUAAAAAAAUGUCAAAUGUA